AUGGGAUUUCGCAACAAGCAAUUUCCGAAUCAUGUUUGUCGCCUCAAGAAGUCCUUAUACGGUUUAAAACAGACACCUAGAGCAUGGUACCAGCGGUUUAUAGACUAUGUCCUACGAAUGGGUUUUAUUCAGAGAAAAAGUGACAAUUCUCUCUUCAUCUUACAUCAUCAACAACACACUGCCUACCUUCUCCUUUAUGUUGAUGAUAUACUACUUGUUACUUCUUCGGCUCACCUUUGUCAACAACUCAUGGAUAGCCUCGCAAGCGAGUUUGCUAUGAAAUAUCUCGGUCCUUUGAGCUACUUCUUGGGCAUUACGGUUACUAGGCACAAGGAUUCCAUGUUUCUCUCUCAACAGGCAUAUGCUUAUGAUAUUAUGCACCGAGCAGGUAUGCGAUCAUGUAAACAAGUGGAUACGCCCGUUGACACCCAACCCAAACUAUCGGCCACAUCCGGAGUCCCAUUUGACGAUCCGUCAUUGUACCGUAGCUUGGCAGGUGCUCUUCAGUACCUCACUUUCACCAGACCUGAUCUGAGCUAUGCAGUCCAACAGAUUUGUAUGCACAUGCAUGCGCCAAUGAACUUCCACUGGCAGGCUCUAAAAAGAAUCAUUCGAUACCUACAGGGCACGACAUCAUACGACCUCACACUUGAACCGUCUUCUUCCGUGACUAUGACUGCUUACACCGAUGCUGAUUGGGCUGGCUGCCCUGACACACGUCGCUCAACUUCCGGAUACUGCGUUUAUUUUGGACCCACUCUCCUUUCUUGGUCCUCUAAACGUCAACCUACAGUCUCUCGGUCAAGUGCAGAAGCUGAAUACUGGGGGGUUGCUAACGUCGUUUCAGAAAUAUGUUGGCUUCGCAACCUUCUUCUAGAGCUUCGUCACCCGCCUACGAAAGCCACCCUGAUCUACUGUGACAAUGUCAGUGCUGUUUAUCUGUCAGGCAAUCCAGUUCAACAUCAACGCACCAAGUACAUCGAAUUGGAUAUUCACUUUGUUCCUGAACAGGUUCAACGGGGUCUAAUUCGUGUGCAUCAUGUUUCAUUUCGCCAUCAGAUAGCAGAUAUCUUUACCAAAGGGCUCCCUCGUAAUCUGUUGAAGAUUUCCGUUCCAGUCUUAGCAUCCGUAAACCUCCUGCUUCGACUGCGGGGGUAUCUUAGCCUAUGA